CGUGUAAUGGAUUUCAUUGCCUGUAAACAUAUGAACAGGUGUUUUCAGCACGUCUCAGUUUGAAUUUCUGAUACGGUCAAUAAUAAUAAUAGCUGUCACCCCCAUCCCAAAUUGAAACCUUCUGGAAUCUUCAGUAGUUUCUAAGGGUGGACAGGCCUUCUGGGAUCCGGAAGUCAUCUGGCUGCCGCUCUUCUGGGCCCUAGGGAGCCGCCGCAGGCCUGUGCGCCGGGGGAGGGGGUGGUGGCAUUCCGGCAGGACGCGGGUGACCCAGCUGGCCUCUCCCGGGCAUUCUUGACUUUGGCAUGAGCCAGGGCAGCUUGGGAAGGCCCCGUUGGCAGGGCCAACAGACCCAGAGUCCGGAUCCCAGGUCAGCCACUUCUGAGCUCCGGCCUCCAGUCUCAUAACCCUGGGACCUGUGAAACACUCCGCAGGUGUUUAUUUGUACCCUUUCUGCUGAGCCGGUGCACUUAGCCGCCUCGGAGCCCCGGAGAACCUGUCGCUGGAUGUGAGAGGCCAUCAGGUGGCCGGCCGGCUACCUUCUCCAUGGACCCUGUCCUGGUAGCUGAGUCUCCGGCCGCACUGGAACUGGCGGAGGCUCGGUUGGGCUGGCGCACAGCCUGGCUCUGUGGCCCCCGGGGUAAGAGGAGCCCGGAGGCUCAGAUACCGCCCACCGGCCGCCUGCCUGCUGCAGGGCCUGGAGCCACCGCUGGGAGAGGAAGUGCAGUCGGUUACCAAUCAAGCUAUUUUCAUAACGGCUGUCUCAGGCUGGGGGGAGGAGGGUGGUGAGGGGGAGGGGGCAGAGGAGCAGCCACUGCUGCUCACUCUCCAAACUAGGACUUGCUCAGCAGAGGCCGGCAGCCUGCAGCCUGCAGCUGGAGCGAGUCGGCCCACAGGGACCCCAGCCCCCACCUGCUUGCCCACCGCCCUGCCUUCCAGAUCAGCCGCCCGCCCGCCCUGGCCCAUGGAGACCCUUAGGAGACACUUCCGGCGGCGGCGCGGGAGUGUGGGGCUGCCCACGGGCAAGGCCCGGCGCCGCUCCUCCGCGGGGCAGGCCUCCUCCUCGCUGGCUCAGCGGCGCCGCUCCAGCUCCAGCGCACAGCUCCAGGGCUGCUUCCUGGGCUGCGGGGUGGGUGCGCAAGGCAGCAGCCGCCGCCGCUCCAGCACCGCACCCCCUGCCUGCAACCCCCGCUUCGCCGUGGAGGAGGUUCCCGGCCUACAAGCCACCGCUGUGGGGACCCGGCUGCUGGGGGCACCCCUGCUGUUGACUGGGCUUGUGGGCAUGGAGGAAGAGGAGGAAGAGGGGGUCAAGGAGGAAGAUGCGACAGUUGGCGCACCGAGUGCUGCGCAGCCACGCACCGCGACACCAGGGCGCCCCCGGCACUGGGGCGUCCGGCCACGGCUGCCCCUGCCGCGUUGCCUACGCCGGGCCUCCUCCCACCUGCUCCCUGCCGACGUGGUCUACGGCUGUGCCCUUUGGGGCCUGCAUGGCUGCUACCGGCGCCUCAGCCAGCAGCGGCUCUCAGGCCAGCACCUCGGCCCGGGCGGUCGAAGAGCCUCGGGCGCGGCGGCGGGCUCCGUGGUGCCGGCCCGCGUGCGCCCUCUAUGCCGCAGGCGCCAGGUAGCCCUGCGGCGCAAGUCAGUCGGAACCCAGGCGUGGAGCGCCCUGCUUGUGAAAGCCAUCACCAAGUCCGGCCUCCCGCACCUGGCUCCUCCCCCGCCGGCCCCCGGGGCCCUGUGCGGCGAGUCUGAGCGGCAGAUCCGGAGCACCGUGGACUGGAGUGAGUCAGCAACGUAUGGGGAGCACAUCUGGUUCGAGACCAACGUGUCGGGAGACUUCUGCUAUGUUGGGGAGCAGUACUGUGUAGCCAAGAUGCUGCAGAAGUCAGUGUCGCGGAGAAAGUGCGCAGCCUGCAAGAUCGUGGUGCACACCCCCUGCAUCGAGCAGCUGGAGAAGAUAAAUUUCCGCUGUAAGCCAUCCUUCCGGGAAUCGGGCUCCAGGAAUGUCCGGGAGCCAACCUUCGUGCGGCACCACUGGGUGCACAGGAGGCGCCAGGACGGCAAGUGUCGGCACUGUGGCAAGGGCUUCCAGCAGAAGUUCACCUUCCACAGCAAGGAGAUCGUGGCCAUCAGCUGCUCCUGGUGCAAGCAGGCGUACCACAGCAAGGUGUCCUGCUUCAUGCUGCAGCAGAUUGAGGAGCCGUGCUCGCUGGGGGUGCACGCGGCCGUGGUCAUCCCGCCCACCUGGAUCCUGCGCGCCCGGAGGCCGCAGAACACCCUCAAGGCGAGCAAGAAGAAAAAGAGGGCGUCGUUCAAGAGGAAGUCCAGCAAGAAGGGCCCCCAGGAGGGCCGCUGGAGGCCUUUCAUCAUCAGGCCCACCCCGUCCCCCGUCAUGAAGCCCCUGCUGGUGUUUGUAAACCCCAAGAGUGGGGGCAACCAGGGCGCCAAGAUCAUCCAGUCCUUCCUCUGGUAUCUCAACCCCCGACAAGUGUUUGACCUGAGCCAGGGAGGGCCCAAGGAGGCGCUGGAGAUGUACCGCAAGGUGCACAACUUGCGCAUCCUGGCAUGUGGGGGCGACGGCACGGUGAGUUAUGAUCUCUUCCCCGUGGAACUGCUCUGCUAAAAGCCGCCACCAGCGGUGAUCAUACUGCUGCUGGGCGGCAGCGACGACUUGGCGCGUACCCUCAACUGGGGCGGGGGCUACACAGACGAGCCCGUAUCCAAGAUCCUCUCCCACGUGGAAGAGGGGAACGUGGUGCAGCUGGACCGCUGGGACCUCCGCGCUGAGCCCAACCCCGAGGCCGGGCCAGAGGAGCGAGACGAGGGUGCCACUGACCGGCUGCCCCUGGAUGUCUUCAACAACUACUUCAGCCUGGGCUUCGACGCCCACGUCACCCUGGAGUUCCACGAGUCCCGAGAGGCGAACCCUGAGAAGUUCAACAGCCGCUUUCGGAACAAGAUGUUCUAUGCCGGGAAGCCAGAGCGAGGCUCAACGGGGGCAGGUGGAAACCCUGGCCACAGCCACCGCCACUGCACCCGGACUCCUGUGGUUGGGGACAAUCCCCGGGAGAGGUGGGCCACUCAGCUCAGCCUGGAGCUACAGGAGGCUGAGACUGGUUCCUGA